AAAGAAAUAUUAAACAUUGCUCGGUGCCGUGCCGUCCAACACCUUCCGCUUCGGUUUGGCGGGCGCCCAUGUCCAUGGACAGCGGCAAGGAGGUAAGUGGCUAGCGCAGGCCCUUGAGCGGAGUCAAGGGAAGAUACUGGAUGCACAGAGCGAGUGUGAGUGUGGGAUGGAGCCCACCCAGUGGUGUGGCUCAAGAUGUCGGUUGGGUUGACAUGUGGGUGGCCACGAAGAGUUGGCAAAGAAAGGUGGGAUGCACGGUGCACAAACUGACAUCCUGACUCCUCCCCCUCCUUCAUCUGUUAGCGAUCCUAUCCCCGCCAACCACGGCAGUGACAGCACCGCUGGACAGCACCGCACAGCGCCAUCGAUGCCUUGCGCUGCAAUCUGCACCAAUUUGCACGGCUCGGGACAAGACAGUCUGAACAAGACAGGGGUUCGCGUGACGUGUGUGCUAUGUGUCGUCAUUUAUGAAACUCCAGACCAGACGACCAGACUGCAGAAUCGAUUAUAUCGAUUAUGGGUUUCGCUGCCAGAUAGAUAGAUUCCCGAGUCAGUGGUUUCUUUUCUUCAUUUUCUACCUGCCAUCACUCUUUGGCCCCUAAGACACAAGGAAGGGACAAUUUCUAACAAGACAUCUGACUACGCAUUGCUCCUGCUGCUGUGCUGCAGCAGCAGCAGCACGAAACACUCGACUCACCUCGUGACUUUCUAAUUUUGGGCUGAGCAACAGUCAUUCCACAAACUUGUCGGGUGCAAACACCUUGGGCCGGCGGUACCUUGCCCCGGACCAUCCUGUCGGGCUUGGGGCUUGCCUUAAAUCAGACGGCCUUCUUCUUUUAGCGUCCCCCUUCACGACGUGGAGCCGAAACGCCCCUUGCCCUGCUUGAUCCACGUCCAUCUGGUCCGUCCUAUCUGUGGGUAUCUUCACAACUCUGAUCUCUCUUUCUCUUUCCCUUACCAGACGUCGAUACGCAUCGUGUCUCGCCAUCGCCCUGUCGCAGACUCAUCCCACCAGGCAUCCGAUCUAGCUAUAAAUCCCUCGCAGUUGUUGAUGACCAACAGGUCGUCUCUAGCAGCUGGCAGCCUAUUCCGGACUUUGGUCCGCCAGCGUGGGGGCACCCCUUUCCUUGCCACUUCUGAACUCUGGUACCUACCUUGCCUGGUCUUCCUCACCAACACCGCCGGCUUCUCCUGUCAGACCUCCUUCGCCUCACACGUUACGUACAAACUCACCUCUAUCCGUUCGUCAAUCCUCCUAGCCGACCGCGAACACUGCUAGCCUGGUCCGCAUGCCACAUCACCCUCCCCUUGCAACCUACCUUAUCUUAGCUCCACGUCUGGCAUAGCAGGAAGGUCGUACUAUGUCGGAGCGCAAUCGGCGGACGCGCCUGCAGCUCCCGGAAGAACGACCGCUGCUACAACGGAACCGUCCCAGUCACAGCUCCGAGAUUCAAGUCCCGCUCUACGGCUGCAUGACUAACCCUCACAGCCAUUUGCCGGUUUACACGAAUAUUCACCGCAUCCGACGAGACAUCACCUCCAUUGUCGAAGAUUACCUGAGUUUGGAGCAGUUGCGUGAUGUGAGGAUCAACAUCGCCGUCGUUCGCCCGCUCGUCGACAAGCUGUAUGAGCUCGACGAUAUUUCCAUUGUUUAUUGCUUGCUCGUCAACCGUGCUCAGUUUCUUCAUGAGCAGUCCCACUUGAACAACCGGCAAAAUGUCAACUACAGCCGCGCAGCUCUCUGCGAGCUGGUCGCAACGCGCAUACUGAGGCGCUUCAGUGAAGAUAAUGAAGGACCCGAUGGUUUGGUUCUCCUUGCACACGUCUUGGUUGCUGGCUUUGAGCCCUUCCAGAUGGCACCGGCCGGAAUCCGCGAGGCAGCGUCAACCGAGUCUUACAGGAGCUAUAACCGCAUGCUUCCCUCGCUGGAGAUUGCCAUUCUGACUGAGAGCAAAUACUUUCUCAGUGCCACUCCCUGUCAGAAAGUCGUCGGCGCUAUUUACGAAGGUCGCAUCGUCUACACCCCUUCCAGCUUCAUGGAUAUCAUUCCGGAUCACUACAAGCUCAAGCCAAUCUCGCUCUAUAACCCCCGUGAGGGACCUCUGCUCGAUCAGUACCGGCUCCUUGUGCCCCGUACGCGGAAUAUUCUAGAGGUUUUCCAGUUCUUGAUUCUGCUUGCUCUUUAUCUCUUCGUUAUGGCUGAGCGCAAGCCAGAGACCUUCACUGUUCUGGAGGGCUGCUUCGCCGUUUAUGCCUUUGGCUGGUCUCUCGACCAGUUUGCAACAAUUCUGGAGCACGGAUGGCACGUGUACACGCAAAACCUGUGGUCGUUCCUCGACGUAGGAUUCAUUGGCAUAUACAUCGUGUAUGCGGUUCUACGCAUCCACGGCGCUCGUGUCGGGGAGCUUGUCCCUAAACAACAGGCACUCGACGUCCUUGCGAUGGGUGCACCGGUGCUGGUUCCGCGGCUUGCCUUCAACUUGUUGUCGGACAAUCUCGUGUUCCUCUCGUUGCGCUCCAUGAUGUCAGAUUUCGUUCUCCUGACGUUCUUGUCGGCGUGGUGCUUUGGCGGGUUUCUACUGUCCCUUCUAUGGCUUGGCGAAGGCACCCAUCCUCCAGUUACUAUCAGUAAGUGGAUGCUUUGGAUUUGGUUCGGUCUCGACGGAACGGGGAUCAACGAAUCGGUCCAAUUCCAUCCAAUCCUAGGCCCUGUCCUGAUGGUGGCUUUUGCCUUCUUGGGCAAUACUCUGUUCCUAACUAUACUUGUCUCAAUGCUCUCCAACACCUUCAGCACUAUUGUUAAGAACGCAACUGCUGAAAUCCAGUUCCGGAAGGCCGUCUUGACACUGGAGGGAGUCAAGGGCGAUGCGAUCUUCGCAUACCAGCCCCCAUUCAACAUCCUGGCUGUGUUCGUCCUCAUCCCUCUCAAAUUCGUCCUCACCCCGCGAUGGUUUCAUAAGAUACAUGUGGCAAGCGUUCGGCUGGUCAACCUUCCACUGCUGCUCAUCAUCGCCGUGGCAGAACGUAGAAUCCUUUGGCCGCCGCCACAGCCAGAGAAGCCAAAGUCGAGCGGCCUGACACUGUACCCGAGGGUCAAACAGUGGUUCUGGGAGAAGUGGCGCAUAACAGCGCACCGCGACAUAAGAGCCGUGUUCGACCUGCCGCCACCCGAGUCCGUGGAGGAGGAAAUUGCGGUAGAUGACGAACUCACCCACCACUUGAUUCGACGGCAGUUCACAAGGUCCAUUACGAACGACACGAUGCGAAAGAAGUCGCCUCUUAGGAGAGAUUCGAUGUUCCCCGGUGUCUCGUCCAAGUUGCGCGGAUCGUUCACCGGCAGCGAGGACAUGCAUGACGUCGGUAGCAGGUUGGAGGCGCUCGAGCAAACGACACUGAGGAUUGAGAGUCUAUUGGCACGGAUGGUGGACUCGGGGGAUUAUUCGGACAACAACUUCGGCACAGGAGAGAGCGGCACUCUCCUUGGUGGAGAUGCGUCUUUGGCCCAGUCGCCCAAAUAAUGCGAGACGCGAUCUUGCAUAUGUGGUUUGAUUCGGGGGCUGCAUUGACGAGGCCUGGCGCGUGGGCCACUGUCGUUACAUAGGGGGAAAAUGUGCUUAGGGUAUCAAUACAAUGCAAAGCUUGAUGGGUAGCCGUGCAAACUUGUUUGCAUCUGGGUUCAUGAUG